UCAGCUACCUCGUUUUCAUUUUUGGACCGCAACACCACAAUGGCGGGCGAAGUUCCAACGUUCUCUCUGGAUGGCGACCAGUUUGACCAGAGAACAUAUCUUGGAAGAUUAUACAGAUGCUUCAAUUUAGUUGAUCCAAGGACACUUUUCACAAGUAAGGCCCAGCUUCAAGAUGCUUUGUCUCUUCUUGAAUCAUUCAGGCUUGGUACCUUGCCAAAAGAUGUUAGUGACAAACAAUUGUGGCAUGCAAGAAAGAUCAAAGAGGCAAUUAUUCACCCAGACACAGGAGAAAAAAUACUUCUGCCUUUCAGAAUGUCAGGCUUUGUCCCAUUUGGCACCAUAACAGUUGUUGGUAUGUUGCUGCCAAGCCCUUCUCUAAAGCAAAUCAUAUUCUGGCAGUGGAUGAAUCAAAGUCAUAAUGCUUUUGUCAACUAUGCAAACCGCAAUGCGACCAAGGAAACGCCAACGUCACGAUUUAUACAAAGUUAUGCUGGUGCAGUUACAAGUGCUGUCGGAAUAGCAGUUGGUCUGAGUUUGUUCAUCAAAAGAUCGACUUUGUCUACAAAUUCAAAGGCUCUGGUUCAGAGAUUUGUCGCCUAUCCAGCAACCUGCAUGGCCAAUCUUUGUAAUAUAUUUCUUAUGCGGCAAAAUGAGUUGAGGGAAGGCAUAGAAGUGGAGGACGAAAAUGGGAAUGUGGUAGGCACCUCAAAAAUAGCAGCCUGGAAAGCCGUGCAAGAUACAGCGUUAACAAGAAUCGCUUUACCGGCGCCCAUCCUCAUCGUGCCUCCGAUCAUCAUGGCAUUUCUGGAAAGAACAAAGUUCCUGAUAGCUCGCCCUAGACUGAAUUUACCAUUGAACGCACUCGUUUGCACAUUUUCAUUUGGCGUAACUCUGCCAUUUGCAAUUGCAUUAUUUCCACAGAGAUCAAAGAUUGCUGCAAGACGCCUCGAAGAAGAAAUUCAAGCGAAAACAGCCAGUGAGGACCUUUAUUUUAACAAAGGUCUCUAAAUCUUCAUAAAUAUCACAUAAGACAUUUUUUGAUGAAAAUUCAUUGAAUGGAAAAUAUUUUAAUAAAUGUACAAAAAACUGAAGCAUUAUUGUAAAGUCUGGAUUAAGCCAAAUUUGCAAGAAAUACGUAAAUCUCGAUUUUUCUAACAAAUAAAAUUUGUUGUUGUUUUGUAGAUAGGACUUGCUCAUCCAGGUCAUUUUUAAAUUUUAAUUUUUCCAUCGAGGGUAAGGAAUUGUAAAA